AAAAUGUACGCUAAUUAUGACAACUACCUGAAUAAAUUGGACUAUUCUUUGAUCUUAGAGUCCUAUAACCUUCCGGGGUACCGGUACAGCCUGGAUGGAGACCCCGAGAGGUGGAGCGGCCCCGAGGAAAUCCUAGAUGAGCCUGUCGACGAACCGGUCGGUGACAGAGGAUGGGAAGUCCACCACGUGACAGUAACCCGAGUGCCAGGUUACGGUUUUGGAAUCGCAGUAUCAGGGGGCCGUGACAACCCCCACUUUACAAACGGCGACCCCGCAAUUGCAAUAUCCGACGUCCUAAAAGCCGGCCCAGCUGAAGGAAAGCUUCAAGUAAACGACCGAAUAAUAUCCGCAAACGGAGUAUCAUUAGAAGGGGCAGAUUACGGCGCUGCUGUAAGAGUGCUGCGCGAUUCCGGCUCUACAGUCCUGCUGGUGGUAAAGCGACGCGCUGUGACCUCAAUGGCGCCCCCGGCGCAGCCCCAAACCCACCGGCUGACCUUAACCAGAAACAACAAGAAAGACGACUUUGGCCUAGUCCUGGGCUGCAGACUCUACGUCAAGGAGGUCACCCGAGAAAAUGGCGCAAAGCCCGGAGACCUUCUUACGAGAAUUGGCGGGGUUGCUGCGGAUAACAUGAGCCUGAAGGAGGCCAAGAAGAUAAUGGACUCCUGCAAAGACAGGCUGUCUGUGGUGGUCACUCGAGAACCUGGAGCGUCUUCAUCAUCAGCUGCUGCGGCGAAUUAUUCCACGGCUAAAGAAGGGGAGUAUUUGUCCGGGGCGAGUUACAGCAGCCAGAACUUGUACGUCCCGCCACCUACAAGGCAGCCGGAGGACAAGAGCAACCUCGCUCCUAGAGGCGGAAGGUCCAGAGGUCCUCUAAUGGACGUCUCGUUAAGUCAAUUGGACCUUCCAGCGACUCCUACAGUGGAUCCGCCGAGACCUCCUCCUCCAAGGCCUGAGGACUACUACUCCUCCCGCCGGCAGCUCUACGAGGAAGAGCAGCUGCGUGUCAGCUCCAAACAGCAGCCAGUACCCGACCCUAGGUUCAUAACCUUCCAAAAGGAAGGGUCUGUUGGAGUUAGACUCAGUGGAGGAAAUGAAACCGGAGUUUUUGUGACUGCAGUGCAACCUGGGUCUCCAGCUUCGUUGCAAGGGCUCCAACCUGGCGACAAGAUCCUCAAAGUCAACGACAUGGACAUGAAAGGAGUCACCAGGGAGGAAGCUGUCCUCUUCUUGCUCAGCCUCCAGGAGCAGAUUGAUUUGAUAGUCCAGCAUCGUCGCCAGGAGUACGACCAGAUUAUAAACUCUGGAAGAGGAGAUUCUUUUCAUAUCAAGACACACUUCCACUAUGAGCAGCCGGAUAAAGGUGAGAUGAGCUUCAGAAGUGGAGACGUCUUCCACGUGAUCGAUACCCUCCACAACGGCGUCGUUGGAGCGUGGCAGGUCUUCAGGAUUGGCAGGAACAACCAGGAGGUCCAGAAGGGAAUCAUCCCGAACAAAGCUAGGGCUGAAGAACUCGCCACUGCGCAGUUCAAUGCGACUAAAAAGGAACUGAGUUCGAGCAGUGAGAGCCGUGGAAGCUUCUUCAGGAGGAGACGAGGCAGCCAUAGAAGAUCUAAAUCUCUUGGAAGGGACCACUGGGAUGAUGUUGUCUUUGCUGAUAGCAUCAGCAAGUUUCCUGCUUAUGAAAGGGUUGUGCUGAGACAUCCUGGGUUCAUUAGGCCUGUGGUGCUCUUUGGACCUGUUGCGGAUCUUGCUAGGGAGAAGCUGUUGAAGGAUUUUCCGGAUAAGUUUACUUCACCGCAGAUGGAGAAUCAACUUGAGGACUCUGCCAAGGGGAAGACUAAUGGGAUUAUUAGGUUGAGUGCCAUUCGUGAGGUUAUGGAACGAAGCAAACAUGCUUUGUUGGAUAUCACUCCCAAUGCUGUUGAUAGGCUCAAUUAUGCACAGUUUUAUCCGAUUGUUAUAUUUUUGAAGGCGGAGAAUAAACAGGUGAUCAAGGAGAUGAGGGCUGGGAUUCCUAAGUCAGCCCACAAAAGCAGUAAAAAAUUAUUGGAACAGUGCCAGAAACUGGACAAAAUCUGGGGCCAUACUUUCAGUGCAGUGAUAACGCUGACCACACCUGAGGCUUGGUAUCGCAAACUCCGUGAGUUAAUUGACCGACAACAGCAGGGACCUCUUUGGAUGAGUCAGACCAAGCCGGAAGAAGCACUCUCAGAUGAUUUCCUAUUCCCGAUGACAUCUCGCCUCUCCUACGCAUCCUCUCCGGAAAGCGACCUGGAACUAAACACGAAUAUUCCGCUCUUAUCGGGGCAACUUGGUCCCCCUACGCGCCUUAAGAGUAGCUCCGAUCCAAGCAUUGCUACGCAAGAUGACACUGCUGCGCCUCCGCCAUACACUUCUAGUUACCAGGCAUUUGAGCAACACAAACGAGCAGUUCCAGACAACAAAUACGGAUUUUCUCCCUCAGGAGAAGCCAACUUACCAUCAUACACUCCAGGAGUUCCAUCAGCGAGAUCUCCCCACCACGGACCUCCAGAUUUGCCGCCGCGAGUCGACAGGAACGCGAAACCUCCCGGCCGUGGAACUCUUGGUCGUUCUGCAGUGGACAGACUGGUCAAUAAAACAGAUUCUGUGCUAGAUAUGCGGAACUAUAUCAAUGCGACUCCGCAUCGUGCUAAUGCAACUUCUUCUUUGGAACGUUCUCAACCCAAGCCGGUUGCUGGAAGUUAUGAUAGUAUGUCUUCAUACGACUCAUACAAUACCAACGGCAACCAGGUGUACAACGUAGGCCCAAAUUUGAACACCUCAACUGGUCGAUUGGGUCCUAAUGUUCCUGAUGAUCUUAAGACUGGUAACAUACCCCAGAGAGCUCAUGAUCCUUAUCGGUUUACAAGGUCCACUGCGCAGCCGACAGCUAGCCAAGAGAAUCGCGGGGACUACGCUAAGUACAGUCGCCCGGAACACAAAGUAUUACCAACAACGCCCUCUAAGGGCAACAGCAACACUGGAACUUACAAGCCAGUGCCGCCACCUAAGCCCAAGAACUACCGGCCGCCUGUCCAGAACACUGUUCCGGACGAGAACAACCCCGGGAAUUUGUACCAGCACGCCAAGAAUUACUCACUAGCGCCCUCUCACGUUCACAAUGGGAUCGAGAACAACGGGAACCACAGGAACAGCGGACAAUACUACUACAACAUCCCCCCGCCUAACCGCGGACAGGACGGGAACUUCCUUAUCAACACGAACAACCAUAACCACUCUCACAUGAUUAAUAAAAUGGUGGUGGUGAUUAAUAGGACCUCAGGAAUUACAAAGGGAUUGUUUAAUAACGAGGGAGGUAUCUUGCGAGGGCCAGGAGAUGUUGUUAUGACAAUACCUCCUGGUGCUAUACCAACGAUUAACCACCAGGAAAUAUAUUUCGCCGUAGUACCGCCUGUUAAUAACACUAUUAAUAAUAACCAAAAUGACAUUUAUUACGAUUUUGAUAAUCUUGAUAUUAAUGACAUUAACAUUAAACAACGUGGAUCUAUUUCACCGCCGGUUAAUAAGGGUGAGUCGCUGAUGAGCCCGUUGAUCGAGUGUGGUCCUCGCGGGAUGAAAUUCAACAAGCCAAUAGAACUUCGCAUCCCUCACAACGGAACCCCUAAGCAUAAGCUGAUCCUGAAGACCGCGAACAACGAGGACCUGGACAACAGUUGGUCGGACAUAAAGCUUCCCAAAGCGAGUGGUGAAUAUAUUUUCGUGAAACUAGAUCAUUUUUAG